AUGUGGAGAGGCGGCGCCACUGCCGCCUCCGCCUCCGACGUGCUGCGGCACUACGGGUGGUGCUACUGGGAGCUCUCCAAAGCCCGCCUCAGGUGCACUGCCGCCUCCACCUCUGACUUGCUGCGGCACUACGGGCGGUGCUACUGGGAGCUCUCCAAAGCCCGCCUCAGUGCACUUGUUAUGGCAACAUCGGGGGCUGGAUAUGUGCUCGGGAGUGGCAGCAUCGUAAACAUUGCUGGACUUUGCUACACAUGCACUGGUACCAUGAUGGUUGCAGCAUCUGCCAACACUCUCAACCAGGUGUUCGAGAUAAAGAAUGAUGCUAAAAUGAAAAGGACAAUGCGCCGGCCCCUACCAUCAGGGCGUAUUAGUCCUGUGCAUGCUGCCAUGUGGGCUACAAGUGUUGGAGCUGCAGGAACAGCAUUAUUGGCUUGCAAGGCUAAUUACUUAGCUGCUGGGCUUGCAGCAUCCAAUCUCAUUCUGUAUGCAUUUGUGUACACUCCACUGAAGCAAAUACACCAUGUUAAUACAUGGGUGGGAGCAGUUGUUGGGGCCAUUCCGCCACUUCUAGGGUGGGCAGCAGCAGCAUCUGAAGUGUCACUCAACUCUAUGAUUCUGCCUGCUGCUUUGUACUUUUGGCAGUUACCGCAUUUCAUGGCCCUUGCGUACUUAUGCCGUGACGACUACCUUGCUGGAGGGUACCGAAUGCUUUCUUUUGCUGAUCCUACUGGUAAAAGAACCGCAUGGGUAUCACUCAGGAAUUGUCUAUACAUGCUGCCGUUGGGGUUAUUUGCAUAUAACUGGGGUCUAACAUCUGGAUGGUUCGGUUUUGAAGCAUCGCUUCUAACGAUGGGCCUUACCAUUGGAGCCUUAUCAUUUGUACUGGAUCCUACUCGUAAGAGUGCAAGAAGAAUGUUCCAUGGCAGCCUUUUGUAUCUUCCUGCUUUAAUGGCUGGACUUAUAUUGCAUCGGCUGCCUAACCAAUGA